AUGGUACACACUCUAUCCUUCGGCGAUAUCCAGGUCCCCUCCCCAGGCUUUGGUGCAAUGGGCAUCUCCUUUGGCUUGGGAAACAACCUCACGCUCGAGCAAGCCGAGCCUGUGCUGUUGAAAGCCAUUGAGUUGGGCUGUACCUUCUGGGACACUGCUGUUGUGUAUCAGGCCGGCGUGAACGAAAAGCUUCUGGGAGACUUCAUCCGAAAGCACAACGUCCGUGACAGAGUCUUCAUUGCGUCCAAAUGCGGCUUCGAUUGCUUUGGCGAUGGGAAUGUCACAAACUCGGCCUCCCACAUCAAGCAAUACAUCGAGGGCACGAUUGAGCGACUUGGAUUCGCCCCGGACCUUUACUAUCUCCAUCGCAUUGAUCCAAAUACGCCCUUGGAGGAAUCGAUCCCGGCGCUCGACGAGAUUCGAAAGGCGGGAAAGACAAAGUACAUUGGUCUCUCCGAAUGCAGUGCCGCAACACUCCGCAAAGCGGACUCCAUUGCCAAGAUCGAUGCUGUGCAAGCAGAGUACUCAGCUUUCGAAACGCUCCACGAGACCGACGGGCUAAUCGACACCGCCAAAGAGCUAAACGUGGCUUACGUCGCUUACAGCCCGCUGGGCCACGGCUGGCUCGUCGACAACUUCCCUUACGCAACACCCGACGACUUCGCCCCUGACGACUUCCGUCGGACUGUUCCUAAAUUCCAAGGCGAGAACUUUUACAAGAACAAAGCCAUCGUCGAGGAGAUCAAGAAGCUCGCCUCCGCCAAGAAGUGUUCCCUCUCACAGAUCGCUCUGGCGUGGGUCGCUGCGCAAAACAUGAUCGCUAUUCCAGGGACGACGAAAGUGGCGAGAUUGAAGGAGAACUGGGCAUCGAGGGAUGUGGAGUUGAGUGAGGGUGAAAGGCAAGAGAUGCGGAAGAUUGUGGAUAGUAGCAAGCCAGUGGGGAAUCGAUACUCGGAGAGGUCGCAGGCGAUGGUUGGGCAUUGA